CGCAGCUAGCUGCCGAGGACCUGCCAUUGGAAAACUCCGGUCUCCGGGCUAUGCACCCUUUGGACUACCCAUUUCAAUAUCGAAUCGUCAUAACGCCAGCGCUGUCUGUAUCACGAACCGACAACAUCCCACGCCCCUGACCGCCCAUUUGGUCCGAUAGCUGUCCGAGCCGUCUCCGUUUCGCGCCCAAGGACAGGGCUUCAUGAUUGCCCGUGAGACUCCACGAUGUCGCAGAUAUUAACAUCGAGGCAAGCCGACGAGCUACACCGCGCCCUUAUCGCCUACCUAACGGCCAGCAACCUCACCAACACGGCUGCUGCUUUGCGAGCAGAGCUAGGCCUUGGGGAAGAUGUCUUUGAUUCUGCCACAGCGAAGAAAUACGAGGGCCUUCUGGAGAAGAAAUGGACAAGCGUCGUCCGGUUACAGAAGAAGAUUAUGGAUCUUGAGGCGCGCAACAACAUGCUCCAGUCGGAGCUCGAUAACGCGACACCAACCUCCCGUCAGAACAAGGAUCCAGUCUCUUGGCUUCCCAAGUCACCCGCACGACAUACUCUCCAAUCCCACCGAAGCCCGAUAACAUGCGUCGCCUUUCAUCCCGUCUUCUCAUCGCUAGCUUCAGGCUCUGAAGACCAAACAAUCAAGAUCUGGGACUGGGAGCUUGGGGAGCUGGAGCGGACUAUCAAAGGCCACACCAAAGCGGUGCUAGAUGUUGACUUCGGGGGCCCCCGAGGGAAUACACUCCUUGCGUCAUGCAGUUCAGAUCUGACAAUCAAGCUAUGGGAUCCCUCAGACGACUACAAAAACAUCCGAACCCUACCUGGGCACGACCACAGUGUCAGUGCUGUUCGAUUUAUUCCUUCUGGCGUGGCUGGCGGCGCCGGGAAUCUUCUGGUUAGUGCGAGCCGAGACAAGACAUUGAGGAUAUGGGACGUGAGCACCGGGUACUGUGUCAAGACGCUACGGGGACACGCCGAGUGGGUGCGCGAUGUUUGCCCAUCUGUCGACGGAAGGUAUAUACUGUCAACAAGCGACGACUAUACCGGCCGGCUGUGGGAUGUUUCGGUACCCAAUCCCGAACCGAAGACAAGCCUGAUUGGUCACGAGCAUGUCGUGCUCUGCUGCGCCAUUGCGCCGGCCGCUUCCUACCCGCAUCUAGCGUCCAUUGCUGGCGUCAAGAAGCCGCCUGCUACCAGCGCAGUUGAGUUUAUGGCGACUGGAUCAAGAGAUAAAACUAUCCGGUUAUGGGACGCGCGGGGUACCUGUAUAAAAGUCCUUGUUGGUCACGACAAUUGGGUACGAGGUCUCGUCUUCCACCCUGGAGGCAAGUACCUGCUCUCGGUCGCCGACGACUACACGCUCAGGUGUUGGGACCUUACACAGGAGGGGAGAUGCGUCAAGACGAUAGCGGACGCACACAACCAUUUCGUGCAAUGCAUUAGAUGGGCGCCGUCUGUCGUCAAGGAUGUGCCUGCCGCCAACGGCACUGAUGGACAAAAUGGGGAGUCGAACGGGACGCCCAAAAAGCCGACUCCUGGCUCAGGGGCAGAUGCACAGAUCCGCUGUGUCAUUGCCACGGGGAGUGUGGACCUUAAUGUGAGGAUAUUCGCCAACUAGGUGACUGCUUCGAGCCGAGGCAACAGCAGCAGCUACUCUCAAGCCCCUGCCAGCACCACGCAAGCCGAGACAGCGAUAUCAGAACGGCAUGGUCCACGCUGAGCCGACUCCGGGAGGCGAUGCCGCCUGCGAAACGCGCAGCCGUUUGAGGAGGGUCUUGACAGGUCAGGUUAGCGCAGAAACGGUCUGAUUCUCCUCUAACCGCCCAUAAUUCCGACUCUUGAUGUA